GCCGGUCCAGGCGGAUCUUUUCAGCUCAGUGAGAACUGCAGAGAAGAUGGCGGCGCUACGAGUGUUGGUGCUAUCGGGGAGCGGUAGGGCUCUCCUCAGCACGCCGAAAACUACCAAGACCCCAAUGGCCAACAUGUCUUUCGCCAGCCUGCCGCGGAACAAGAAGGUUGCCCUGACGACACUAGGCGUCGUCACAGCAGGUGGGGCGGGCCUCGCUCUGAUGCUGCACCAGUCCGUUAAAGCCUCUGACCUGGAGCUCCACCCCCCUCACUACCCCUGGAGCCAUGCUGGACCUCUGUCCUCCCUAGACCAUGCUAGCGUUCGCCGUGGUUACCAGGUGUACAAGCAGGUGUGCUCAGCCUGCCACAGUAUGGAGUACCUGGCCUUCAGAAAUCUGGUGGGAGUGUCACACACAGAGGCUGAGGUCAAGGCCAUUGCUGAGGAGGUUGAGAUAGUGGAUGGUCCUGAUGAGAAUGGAGAGAUGUUCACCAGGCCAGGAAAGCUGUCAGACUACUUCCCAAAGCCCUACCCCAACCCCGAGGCAGCCCGGGUCGCCAACAACGGAGCCCUCCCUCCAGACCUCAGCUACAUUGUCAAUGCCAGACAUGGAGGAGAGGACUACGUGUUCAGCCUGCUGACAGGAUACUGCGAACCCCCAGCAGGAGUGACCGUGAGAGAGGGACUCUACUACAACCCGUACUUCCCCGGCCAGGCCAUCGGCAUGGCCCCACCCAUCUACAACGAGGUGCUGGAGUAUGAUGACGGAACCCCUGCAACCAUGAGCCAGGUUGCCAAAGACGUGUGUACCUUCUUGAGGUGGGCUGCGGAGCCGGAGCACGACCAACGCAAACGCAUGGGACUGAAGAUGCUGUUGGGCUCGGCCAUCCUCGUCCCUCUGCUCUACUACAUGAAGAGACACAGGUGGUCCGUGCUGAAGAGCAGGAAGAUCGCCUACAGGCCACCCAAGUAACAAACACGCCAUUGCCCAAGCUUAAGACCUACUGGAGAUGGAUGCGUUCAAUGACCCCACAACGCUCACAUCACGAUGAUCAGAUGGACACAGAGCAACUGACAAACACACAUGCCUUUCUAAGAAGGGAUAGAGAAAUAAGAGUGUGUAUAGUGUUUAUUACUACAGAAAAAUGCCUUUUUUAGUUGUUGGCGUGGUACAACUAAUUGUGUGACAUUUUCCUACAUCUGGAACCUUGUGGUGCAAGUUUGUGUCGGAGAGUUGUGGCGUUCUUGAACGCACCCUCAACAAAGUUUCAGUUUGUUUUAUCUGCAUUGAAUCAUCGCUGGUAGCAGAUCACGUCUUGACAUCUCGUAUCAGACAUUUUGUCCCAAUUGUCAGAUCGACUGAUCGUCCGUCUUUGUAAGAUACACAAUAACAACAUGAGCGCUGAGAAAUGGUUGCCCUCAAAGUUUGUAACAUUCUGGGUGUAUGUAAAUUCAUCCCUCCCCUGUCCUCUCCACAAAGCCACUCCGUGGAUCAAAUGCAGCCUCUGAACCUCUGUUUUACUGUACAAAAUAAAUUAUCUUAAUGGAAA